AUGACUGAGCCAAUUCAGGGAAGUGAUGGUAAAUUCUACGACUUGACUCUGGAUCCCGACACGGAUGACAACACCCUCUCUUUCGUUGUCAGGCCCUUGGAUCCGCCCCCCGCGAUGUCCGCUCAUCAAGCAGUCUCCGGCGGUACUUCUGCUGUUCCUGGGACGGUGGAUCACCCUAUGAUGGACUCCAUUCAUAAGAAAGCCUUCAAUGAUACUUCCGGCGAUACUCAUCGUAAAACUUUUGAUGAGUUUGGUCUGUGGGUUUACAUUUCUCAUUUUUAUUCCUUCCUAUCCGCCCUGAUACCUCUCACCCCACUGGUUUUUAACCUCCCACCGUACAAAGUGACUCAGUUUUACCAACUAAUUUUUUUUUCUGUAUUCAGUCCUGAAACGCUUUUGAGAGCACUGGCCUUGUUGAACUUUAGAUGGCCUUCGAGAAUCCAGGCCCGGGCGAUCCCAAUUCUCUUACAGGACCCUCCGAGAAACCUGCUGGGACAGUCCCAGUCAGGGACCGGAAAGACUGCAGCGUUCGUUAUCACCAUGCUCACUCGUAUCGAUUUGACAAAGCGUUCCACUCAAGGACUUGUCCUUGCUCCUACCCGGGAACUCGCCAGGCAAAUAAUGGAUGUUAUCCAGGGGCUCGGCCAGUACAUGGGCGUGAGAACACAAUUCGCCAUCCCAACCCUGUUUGUGAAGGGAAAGGAAUUCGACGCCCACAUCGUCGUAGGAACCCCUGGAACUGCGUUGGACUGUGUUCGAAGAGGGAUGUUGAGUCUCGAUCGUCUCAAAAUGUUGGUUAUCGACGAGGCGGACAACAUGCUCGAUCUACAAGGGCUAGGUGAGCAGUGUAUUCGGAUCAAAUCGUAGGUGCCUGGGCUUCUCUCUCUGCUUCCAGCGUUAACUUGGCUAGUACCAUACGUCAUAAGGUUCAAAUCUUGCUCUGGAGCGCUACUUUUCCUCCAAGGAUUGUUGAAUUCAGCAAGAGAUACGCACCGGAUUGCCUUACAAUGACUCUUGAGCAUCAUGAGUUGACUGUUAGUGGCAUUAAGCAAAUGUACAUGGACUGCCUAGACGCUGAGGCUAAAUUUGGCGUUCUGGUGCAACUCUACCAUGUUCUGACCAUCGGAUCGUCAAUUAUAUUUGUCCAUGUUAGCAACUCCUGGAAGCAAACUUUUUUGAUUAGAUUGCUAACCUCUACCAGCGGCGCGAUGAGGCAACACGUAUAGCGAAACGUAUGACUUUAGAAGGGCAUAAAAUAUCUGUCCUCCAUUCUGCCCUUGAGAAUGGUGGAGUAGCCCGUGAUAAGGUUAUCGACGACUUCCGCUCGGGUCGUACAAAGGUUUUGAUUACGACCAAUGUUCUAGCCCGGGGGAUCGACGUUUCCACCGUCUCCAUGGUCGUCAACUAUGACCUCCCCAUGGACAAGGAUAGGAGGAUUGAUUUUCCGACUUACCUUCAUAGGAUUGGCCGCACCGGAAGGUUCGGGCGGAUUGGCGUCAGCAUCAGCUUUGUGCACGAUACAACUAGCUGGAUGCAGCUCAUGCAAGUAUCAGAACAUUUCGGUGUCUCGAUUUCUAAGGUUCCUACUGGCGAUGUCGAGGUUGGCUCAGAUUUUUUUUGCGGUUAUAUUUUCAGGGCGUAUGCUAAUUUGGGGCGAACGACAGGAAGUUGAGAGAAUUGUGAAUUCAAUCCUCAAGCACAAUCAAGGCAUGCUCCCAGCCGUCACCAGGGAGGAUAGUAUACAUGCACGUCCGGGGGCACAUGUCUACCAUUGA